CUAGUAAUGCCUGAUUUCCGGCUUUGACAGUAACAUUUAUAUAUAUCUAAUAUAUAUAAAUCUCGUGUCACUAUGUUUGUCUGCGAUGGACUCCUAAACUACUAAACCGAUUUUUAUCCAGAGUCGUGCACAAGAAUCUCAAGAACAGCGGGACGAACGUCUGUGACAGAAUCUUGCGAGAAUAAGAGCGGCGUGUGAACAACACAUAGCUACAGCACGAGUACAAGAACGACAGAAACAGUGGACCAGCCGCUCAUUAACACGUGCAUCAUUUGUUCGUCUUGCGUUCGAAUAUGCACCAGAUAUUAAUUACUCUGCGCAUCUAAAAAUUGCUAUCGGCGCAAUGGAUAAAAUAUGUCAAUAUUGUCAGGCAUUAAAAUUUCGCAAUAAACCACUAGGCAUGUGCUGCGCAUCAGAAAAACUUGUACUGUCACCUCUACCCACUCUGUCGGAACCUGUACUAUCGCUUCUUGCUGGCGAUUCAGAUGAUUCGAAAUUAUUUUUGCGCACAAUACGCAAAUUUAAUUCUUGCUUCUAAAUGGCGUCUUUUGGGACAACUAAAAUUUGCGAUCCCUCAUCCGAUGGACGUAAUUUUGAAACUACAUUCAAAAUACAAGGCCAGGUGUACCAUAAAAUUGAGUCAUUGAUGCCAAUGCCAAAUGAUAAUCCGAAGCUUCUUCAAAUUUAUUUUAUGGACAGUUAUGAAGAACGCGUGACAACUCGGUAUUUCUUAAUGUUCAUACCUGCUUCAAAUAUAAAAUUAUUAUCAACUGGUUGUUCAGCACCUCCCCAGCCAGAAAAUGGUUAUUGGUAUUUAGAUAAAUAUCAAUGCUUAUUGCUAGAAGGCAAUUGUGACGUACAGGAGGGUCAAAUAUUACCAUCUGGUACUAUUUUAAUUUAUAACUGUUUUCCCGGAUACGAAGUAAGCCAACCUAAUUAUACAUUAUGUCUUGAAAGAGAAGAAUGGGAAAAAAUUCCAGUUUGUACUGACAUACGUUGCGAACCAUUGGCUUCAGCAUCAACAAACGCUGAUUGUACAUUAAACGGUCAACGAGUAUCUUGCGAAUCACCUGUUUUAUUUGGAACCACCGCUAAGUUGAGUUGUCGUGACAAUUAUCAGGAAAUUGAAAAUUCUCAAUCCGUACAAGUAGAUCAAGUUAUAUGUAACAAUAAAGGUAAAUGGGAACCAGAACCAAUGCGAUGUAUAAAAAAUACAGUGUCUUAUAAUACAAAUAUUCUUGUUAAGAAAGGCACCCUAAAGUUUCAAAUUAUUAUUGAGAGAAUUAACCCUUUUUGUGAAUUAUUGAAAGUAUUGCCUGACAAAAUUAUAAUUACAUAUAAAAUGGAUGCUUGUAACUCGAAUAAUUCUUAUAUCGAUGUUAAAUGACUUACAUUAUUUUUAUUUUCUUACUUGUUUACUUCUCUUAUAUUUACAACAUGAUUAUAAUAUCAUGAUUAUAAUAUACAAAACAAACAUAACAAUUAACCGAAUAAAUAAAUAACUGUAAAUCAACGAUCAGAUACGAUUCUCAGUGCACGGUUUGAAGCAAAUAUAUUAUGAUCAAAUUGUGCUUACUUAAUGGUGCAAUCUAAAGAUGGAUUAUACUUUGAAUUAUAUAACAAUAGGUUCUUACGACAAGCACACCUAUUUGUGGUACAUUUAGAUUUGUAUGCAGAUUUUCUGAAACCCUGCUCAAUACAAAAGGAUCGUUUUAUUGCUGUUUGACGUAAAGAUAUUUUUGCAGCAAGGACAUCUUCUGUAACGUUACGGAAAGUCGUUAAUGUGUACAUUAAGUAGGUAAAAUGAGGAAAACUUUUGGUUCCACACGUUGACAGAGCAAUUCAGUUAAUCUACAGAUUAGCUAGUUAAUGUACACAUUGACGGCUUUCGAGCUUUAGCGGUAACAUAUAUAGUCCUAGUAAACAAAUGCACAUUGUUCUUUGUUGAUCACACAUAAAACAAUUAGUAAGCUCGAACAUUUUCGAUACUUUUCUUGGCUUUCAAAUGUCCUACUUCAUAUUCACAUGACAUAUUCACAUCCAACUUAAAACGCUUAAAUUUUCGAAACUAUUUCUUCAAUUGUUUCUCAUCCUGCAUACUAACUGACACAAAUGGUUAUGUACCAAGCAUAAUUUCUUUCAAAUUCCAAAUAACUAUAUACUUAUUUAUACACAUUAAAUCCUCAAUUAAUGAAAAAUUGUAUAAAUAUUAUUUUUCUGAUAUAUAGAACAAAGUAUUUUUUAUUUGACAAAUAAUUUUCUUCUCGAUACAUCUGAUUCGUCAAAUUAUUGUUACGUAGUAAUUAGAUCAAUAAUCUCCAUAAACUAAAUUUGGAACUUAAGAAAAAAUAAACCACUAUACGAAGGGUUAAACUUUUCCUUAUAUUCGCAUAUUCGUUUACACACAUGAUAUGAGAAAAUGAAUUAUAUAUAUUUUUAAUGAGUAUAAUAAUUUAAACUAAUGUUUUACAAGUAUAAGAUCUUUAAAAUAUUUCAAUACUUUUUUUCGGAAAUAUAAAACAAUGCAAUAAUCAUAUCACUUUGGGGUCUAAAUAUUUAUAUUUUCGAAAUAAGUCAUAAUAUUUGUUGCCAAAUGAAUUGCAAAAACUAACAGAAAAAAAGAGCAAAUGUAUAUUUUACACAUUGCUAGAGUUAAAAUUUGUGACGUCCUGCCAUGUUUUCUAUUAAAAAUAUCAAAAGAUCCAACCUACGCGAUAGCGUUUAUCUUUAUCUUUCUUAAGGGAAAAAGAUCAAACAGUUAGUAUCAUGUAUACUUCGCUUAUUAUUACGUGAGGUGUAGAUGUCGAAUAAAAAAAAAAGAUACACGAAAUAUUCAAAAAUAAUAAUUUUAUAUGUAAAUUUGUAUGUGAAAUCAUUUUAAAUUAGCUAUAAGGAAUACACGAAAUAUGCAGCAAAUCGUCUCGAGUUGUUUGAUAGGUCCCAGCAAAAAAAAGCCUUGAGCGCAAAGGGUUCAAAUGUGGUCAAAUGGUUCGUAUUUCUUAAUUCUUUUUAUAGUGUUCAAAGUUAUUUGUUUUCUAGUAUCUAUGUGUACAGAUACUUUGAAGCCUUGAGAAUCGAUAGCCAUUAAUUUUCUAUAUCAUCUGUUAUUAUAGGAUAGUAUAAUCCCAUGGGGUGUUUAUGUGUAUUUGCAUUAAGAAGACAAAUAAACGGUCCAGAAUAAA